AUGUUAAACACUUCUAUCUAUCUAUCUAUCUAUCUCUAUCUAUCUAUCUAUCUAUCUCAUAUCUAUCUAUCUAUCUAUCUAUCUAUCUAUCUAUCUAUCUAUCUAUCUAUCUAUCUAUCUAUCUAUCUAUCUCAUUCUAUUCAUUAUCUAUCUAUCUAUAUAUCUAGCAACCCUUCCCACGGUGGAUUUAAUUUAUCAAAUCAUCAAUGUAUCAAAAUGGGUGUACCCAUAACUCAAUAUAUCUAUCUAUCUAUCUAUCUAUCUAUCUAUCUAUCUAUCUAUCUAUCUAUCUAUCUAUCUAUCUAUCUUAUGCAUGUCUGUUCAUAUCUAUCUAUCUAUCUAUCUAUCUAUCUAUCUAUCUAUCUAUCUUGUGUAACUUAUAUUUUCUUUUCUUUUCUCACUCUCUUCGGGUCGAAACCUAAUCUCUGCUUCCUUUCUUUUUAUUUUCUACUUAACUUUCCCCUCUUUCAUCGCUCUUCAGUUUCUCUUUCCCUUCGACGCUUGCCACUAUCCCUACGUACCUUGUACGAUGUUUUAUCUUUUGAUUGGCACUUUGACAUUCCAAGUGCUGAACAUUCUCCUCCAUAUUGUGAAUACCAAAGUUCAACGUCGACAUCAGCGCCUGCUUUUAAGUAUUUUUUUCUUUCUUUCUUUAUUCCUUUCUUUCUUUCUUUAUUCCUAUCUUCCUUGAUUCGCCUCUGUUUUUUCUAUUUAUUUAAUAUUUUCUUUCUUUCUUUCUUUCUUUCUUUCUUUCCUGAUUCGCCUCUGUUUUUUUAUUUAAUAUUUUCUUUCUUUCUUUCCUUCUUUCUUUCUCUCUUUCUUUUUAUUUCUUUCUUUCUUUCUUUCUUUCUUUCCUGA